CUCACAGACACACUCGUACAUGCUUCUCACUCGGUCGCUCUUCACACGCACACAGCCAUUCUCAGAAGAAAAAAAAGGACCAAGAAGUCACAAAAAUUACAGAGUGAUAUUCAUCUCAAUUCACAUUUUUCGUGAAAUUCAAAUAUUUCCGGUCUAGAUUCCCUCAGUUUUUCUAAAAGAUUUUGCUUCUGUGAUGAGUAACAAUUACAAUCGAGGGCGGUAUCCACCGGGGAUCGGCAACGGUCGCGGCGGCGGUAGCGGAGAUGGGGUUGGAGUUGGGAACACGAAUCAGAAUUACCAGAGCCGGAACCCGCAUUACCCGCAACCGCAGCCACCGUACCAGCAGAGAACCGCACAGAAUCAACCGCAGCAGUGGAUGAGGCGAAACCCUAACGCCGCCGUUGUUUCGGACUCUUCGAACGAAGUUGAAAAAACCGUGCAGCCCGAUGCCGCUGGUUCUACCUCUAAAGAUUGGAAGGCUCGUUUAGCAAUUCCACCUCCCGACACGCGGUAUAAGACUGAGGAUGUUACUGCAACAAAAGGAAAUGAAUUUGAAGAUUACUUUCUGAAACGUGACCUACUCAUGGGAAUAUAUGAAAAAGGAUUUGAAAGGCCUUCUCCUAUCCAAGAAGAAAGUAUUCCUAUUGCUCUCACCGGUAGUGAUAUUCUUGCGAGAGCUAAAAAUGGCACCGGAAAGACUGCUGCAUUUUGCAUUCCUGCUCUUGAAAAGAUUGAUUCAGAUAAAAAUGUCAUUCAAGUUGUUAUCUUAGUUCCAACAAGAGAACUAGCACUUCAGACAUCCCAAGUAUGUAAGGAACUAGGAAAACACUUGAAAAUUCAGGUGAUGGUUAGCACCGGAGGAACCAGUCUGAAGGAUGAUAUAAUGAGAUUGUAUCAACCUGUGCAUUUAUUGGUUGGAACUCCUGGAAGAAUACUCGAUCUCACCAAAAAAGGGAUAUGCGUUUUGAAGGAUUGUUCAGUGCUUGUUAUGGAUGAGGCUGAUAAGCUGUUAUCCCCAGAAUUUCAACCUUCUAUAGAGCAGUUGAUCGCCUUUCUUCCCCCAAAUCGGCAAAUAUUGAUGUAUUCAGCUACAUUCCCAGUAACAGUGAAAGAUUUUAAAGAUAAAUAUCUGCGGAAGCCUUACAUCAUCAAUCUUAUGGAUGAGCUCACACUCAAAGGUAUAACCCAGUAUUAUGCUUUUGUUGAAGAAAGACAGAAAGUUCACUGCCUCAAUACGCUCUUCUCAAAGUUGCAAAUUAACCAGUCGAUAAUCUUUUGCAAUUCCGUGAACCGAGUCGAGCUGCUUGCCAAGAAAAUCACGGAGCUAGGUUAUUCUUGUUUCUAUAUUCAUGCCAAAAUGCUGCAAGAUCAUCGUAAUAGAGUAUUUCACGACUUCAGGAAUGGUGCUUGCCGGAAUCUUGUUUGUACUGAUUUAUUCACAAGGGGAAUUGACAUCCAAGCUGUCAAUGUCGUCAUAAACUUUGAUUUCCCCAAGAACUCAGAAACCUAUCUCCACAGGGUGGGUCGCUCGGGAAGGUUUGGUCAUCUUGGGUUGGCUGUGAAUUUGAUUACAUAUGAAGAUCGCUUCAACUUGUACAGGAUUGAGCAGGAGCUUGGCACAGAGAUAAAACAGAUCCCGCCUCAUAUAGAUCAAGCUAUUUACUGUUUCGGAGUGUGGAUGGGCAGUCAUCAAGAUAACUGUAGGAAAUCACUCACGCUGCCAGUUAUAGGCCUCGGCACUGUAAUAUUUGUGGUAUCGGUCAUUGGGUUUCUUGGCGCGUUGAAGAACAACUCAAUCUUGUUAUGGAUGUAUCUUAUCUUGCUUUGCCUCAUACUGGUGGCAAUUUUGGUCUUCACAGUUUUGGCGUUUAUUGUAACAAAUAAUGGCUCGGGUCAUAAUGUGACUGGUCUGAGGUAUAAAGAGUAUCAACUUCAUGAUUACAGUUCCUGGUUCCUGAAUCAACUUAACAACACUGAGAAUUGGGAGCAUUUGAAGAGUUGCCUUGUCAAGUCUGAGGAUUGCAACAAUCUUGCGAUAAAAUACAAGAUGGCGCCCAAAAGAAAACUCGGAAGCGACGCCGGCGAGCCCUCCAACCUCACCAGAAUCACCCGCAGCGCCGCCCGCACUGUCUCCAGGUCCACCCGCAGCGGCGCCGUUCUCGGCGACGCCCCCACCGUGAACGCCGCCUUCUCCGACCCGGAGCCCCGCAGGACAAAGAAACCCAAGACCGCCGCCGACGGCCCAUCCUCCGGCGCAAAGACGUUGAUCAUUGAGCACUGCGUGGCGAGCGGCUUGUUCAAGAACAAGGCGGCCCAGGUCAAGAAAGCUCUGGAGAAAGCGGUUUCUGGGGUCAACAUCGUGAUCAACCCUGAGAAGCCUAGGAAUGGCUGCUUCGAGAUUCGCGAAGAAGGUGGUGAUAUUUUCGUCAGUUUGCUUGAUUUGGAGAGCCCCUUUGAGCAGGUGAAGGCGUUGAAUGUGAGCAAGGUCGUGUCUGACAUUGCUGACAGGAUCAAGUAA